GGCGGGAGUGUGGGUGGAGUGCCUUCCCUCUGAGAGUGCGUGUGUGUGACCAGCGCGUGUAUAUUCCCUUCGCGUGACCUAUCCCAGGUGACGAAAAGGGAACCACGGCGAACGCCCUCAAUGAAGGCUUUUCCUGUGAAUAUUAGCAAUACGACGAACUGGGAGGCGUUUGCGAAGCGGCUUUAAAACGCGAUGCGAAUAUAAGAUCCGGUCAGUUGACUUCAGACACUGUGAAGCAUAACUGCUAUAAGAUUUUACGGUGAUACAAACCCGCGACAGGGAUUACAACAGUAAUACAAAAGUGAUAAGUGUUUACGAAGUGCCACAGAGCAAGACAAAGAGUCACGACUCAAUAGUAUAUUUAGAGGAAAACAGUAACAACGUCAAUCAUGCCGGGCCCCAUUCUGAGCAUGGUGGCGGAGUCGUCGGACGAGCUGGCCGUGUUCGAGUCGUGCGAGGACGUGCAGGAGGCGUGGGCCAGCAGGAACGGCAAUUACGACGACGGCGACCGCUUCGAGGAGUGCCACAACCAGCACUUCGAGGUCGAGUGCCGGACGACCUACACCAACGGCGGGACGGGGGUGGCUGAUGGGGAGGAGGAGGAGGAGGAGGAGGAGGAGUACGAGGGCAAAACGGAGGGCGAGGUGCUGGUGACGACGAAGGUGGUGAAGGAGAAGCUCGUCGUACGCGAUGAGCGGGUCGUGGAGAGCAGGAAGAGAGGCCUGCUGAAGGAGGAUCCGCCGGAGGGAGUCCCCGCUUGUCUGCAGGAGGACCUGGAGGACAUGGAGUGCGACGAGGACGAGGAUGAGGUCAUGGAGGACGCGGUGGAGGCCAUCAACACGAGCGUGGUCGAGGCCAAGAUCAACCUGGACGUGAGCGGCGCCCUCACCAGGAGGAAAAUCGGGUCGCUGCAGAUGGGCCGAACCCUCUCCUACGCAGACAAGGAUGACGCAGAGGAGCCGCCCACGCGCCGCCCGCGCCCCUUCGCCCACGCCCGCGACAGCAUCGAGUUUGGAUCUCCAGACCUGCGAGGCUCCAUUCUGGGCGAAGAGCAGCGGUUCCCCGGGUGCUCGCGGCGCGGCGUCCGCGUGGCGCGCAACCCGUCGUACCAGGCCGCCAUGCGAGGCCCCUCCACGCUGGCCCCCCCGCAGGUCACGCCGCCCCCCUCCCCCGGGCAGCAGACGCCGAGCAGCAGCUGCGAGGGCAGUCCUGUGCGGGGGGGCUCCCCCGUCACCGUCAGGGAGAGAUCCCCCUCCCCCUCGCUCAGCGGCAACAACAACAAUGAUGCAGCGAGUGACGUGUCGGGCAGCAGCAAGCGGAGUGCGUUGGAGCGCGCGCCCCCCGCCCAACACGCUGCCAACAUGCCCCGAAGUGCCUCCUUCAGCGGCUCGGAGGCACCCAUCCCUGACGCGCUAGGCAGCGGCAGUCUCUCGCAAGGGAACAGCCGCGCCGGAAGUGUUUCGCCGCUGCCGUCGCCCAUCCCCCGGAGGAACGGCGAGGAGCAGCCGUCCACGCCCGUCAGGGGCUCCGUCAUCACCCGCAGCUUCCGAAAGCUAUUCAGCACGCCCACGCGUACGCCACCCCCGCCCACAGUAACGACCACAGCGCCGCCAGAGGACUACUGGCUCGACGUGGCCGACGCGGACUCCCCGAGCCCGUCCGAGUCGCGGUCGUCGUCGCGCCUCCGUCGCAUCAGCUCCUCGCUCUCCCGCCGCCUCUCCACGCGCUCCAAGAUGAGCAACUCCUCCGCAGGGUCCAACGGUCAGUUCGCCGCCAACGGCACCGUCCAGUUCGAGGACUGCCGCCAGCUAGUCGAGUACGAGGACCUGCUCAAGCUGUUCAUCUGCUCGGGCUGCCAGAUCACCAUGGUGCCGCCCCUCCACCAGUGCCGGAAGGGCCACCUCAUCUGCAACACCUGCCGCGCCUCGCUCAAGCAGGUGUGCCCCGUGUGCCGACAGCGCUUCGCCGAAAGCACCAACCUGAUGAUGGAACAGGUGUGCCAACUGAUCAAGUUCCCGUGCCGGUUCUCGGGGCAGGGCUGCCCGGAGUUCCACCCGCCCAAGUCCCGCCCCGACCACGAACACUUCUGCUCCUUCCGGCCGGUCCACUGCCACCACGGGCCCCAGGGAUGCCCCAAGAUCCUGCGGCUCAGGGACAUGCAUCAGCACCUCGACGAAUGCGAGUAUAAGGCCAAGUGAGUUCCCAGCGAGACGGCGUCGACGAGGCAGGCUCCUCUUGCGCUCCUCCUCCUUCUCCUCUUCCUGGCAGCGGCGACGGCCUCCUGGGACUCUUCUGCGCCCCCGUCGGCUCGAGUGAAGGUCUUCGGAACACAGGGAUGGUUACGGGCGGGUGUUUUUUGCCUCGUUUUCUUUCCCUUGGGUUACCGGCGUUUGUCCUUGAUUAGUACGCGGGCGCAAAACACUGCUGGUUUGUACUAUUCGGAUGACCCAAAAAGGAAAUUGUUGAUUCGUGAAUGAUGCCCCUGUCUAUUCACAUAAACAUGUUAUUCUGUAAUUAUUGUUAAUGAAGAGCAUUAUUUCUGGCCAUUGUAUUUUAUAAAAGUGUAGCAUGCUCUACUUGCAGCUGAAGGAGAAGAGCAUGGGAGAGGUGAUAAGGCAAACUUCAUUUCAUCUUGUUGUAUAUUCGAUGAUUCAUCACAUGUUAUUUUAUUGAUAAGGUCUUGUACAAUAUUACUCUUAGGGACGAGUCCAACCCCUCCCGGAAGCCUCCUCACGCACAUCAGAGAAGUGUCUACGUCAGAACAGGCGGGGUGCUCGUCACGGCUCAGCUUCGUUGUCUCACAGCUUCGAUGCUGUGAAACUGCGUCGCUUCGUUGCUUCACUAGCUUUCGUGCGCUUAGGCUAGAACGAGGAGGGAAGGCAUCCUGUAUCUGAGCAAACGAGAGAGCCAGGAGUGCCAGAGCUCGAGGGCGAGAUAGCAGCGAGGGGAAGGGGGAGGGUGCGAGUCGAGUGCCAAGCGCGAGGGAUCGCCCUCCGCCCGGCCUCACUUUGGCAAGGCUUCGAGACUCCCCUCUGUCGCCCGUACAUCAUAAUGGGUUAGGCUUAUCUCGCUUCGCGGACUCUUUGAGAAAGCAUUAAUAGUGUGAAGUGACUAAGAUAAGUACUGAUGCGUUACGCCACUCACUCGUUUCGAUUUUAUUACACGAAAGUAUAGAUUUUUUAAAUCAUUUUUUUUAUUUUUCAUAUUCAAUCUGUUCGUUUGUUGCUUCAAUCUCUCUCGAUUGUUAGGGCAGAUUCUUCUCUCUAAAGUUCACGACCACAUGUGCCUGUAACAGUAACUUUGAUUACAGAGAAAAAAAUACAAAAUUCACAAUCUCUGUAUUGUCAGAAAUCAUAUUGGGUUAUGUUGCCAAUUAGGUAUAUUAUCAUCAGUAUUAUUGAUUUUCCACUAACAGUAAGAUUGAAAGACUGUCAAAUCUCUGCCCGAUUGUUGUAUUUAUUUAGUGUGUUUAUAAACCUCUUGUCAAAUCUAUUAUAUUGCGGCAGAGAGAAUGGAAAGCUAAAAUAUCAGAGACGGGGGAACAUUUGCAAGGCUAUUGAGAAAUGGAAUUUGUUAUUUUGCUUAAGGAAUAAAUAAAUUGUUAUACUUUAUCUUUUAAGCCUAUGAGCUGUUUGUAAAGAAUGCAAAGGCAAAUUGAAUGCAAAUAUAAUCGCACAUGCACACACACAUACAGUACAUCCCAACACACACACACAUACACACACACACAUGUACACUUAAUUUAUGUACAUGUAUACAAUCCCUUCCUCAUAAGGACAAUCUGAGAAUUGUCCCGCUGGUGACAGAGGAGAGAUUCGUCACUAUCCUUGGUAAAUAAAGACAUUUCCUUCAGUAUUAUAUCACCAGGAACGGUAGUGUUAGAAUGCGCUCCUCUCCCGGGAAUACUUUUGCUUUCGCUUUGCCUUAAGGUAUCAUCAGAUUUGAGCAACUUCUACCUAUAAAUAUAUAAGUUAGUUAGUUCAAAGAUAGAGGUCUGUUUGUGAUUUUAUAUUGAUUUGUGUAUAUAUAGAAGGUGUUAUUACGUUCUUGAUGAAGAGUGAAUAUUUUCAAAUGUUUCGCUUGUCCGUUUCCUCAGACAAGCGAGUUCCUAUUGUGGCCUUGGCUUAGGCAGCUGUAUUGUGUAGUAGUGCUACAAUGAUGAGUGUAUGUAUAUAAGAAUAAAACAAUCUGAUUGUUUACUUCCAGGUUAAUAGAAAAAAAACAGCAACUAAUGGUUGUGUGACGAUUAUAUUUGAUGAUAUAUAUAUAUUAUUUUCUAUAGAUUUGGUUUUAUUAUCACAAAACUCCAAGAGUAUGUUACCCUGUGUUGCCGCGUCAGCACGCUCUGGUGAGACCUUUGAAGUGUCAAGGACAAAAGAACCAUUUUGCUGCCUCAGGCACUCUUUCGAACACUUGCUAGAAACGUCUGUCGUUAUUAAAAAGCUUCGAAGCACGUGUCUGUUUUACUGUAUCAUUUAGAAGUAGACUGGAAUGUCAGUUAUUAUUCUCUUUAUUACCAUUAUCAUUAUAUGUACUAGUGAGUUUUCAAUCAGCAUCCACUUGAGUAAUUUUUCAACUAAAUUUGCAUGGGUAGAAUUGAUCUAGGAUUUUGUUGUUAUCAAAAGAGUUUCAACCUUCAUUACUAGAAAUAUUUAAUUAAAUUUAACAGAAAUGUACAAUUUGGGGGUAAGAAUUAUGCGUUUAGAUUAUUAGCCUCUGGACCACAAAUUACACAAAAAUAAUCAUAAACACACUGAUAUAUUUUGUUGUUAUAAUAUCUAAGCCCUAUUUUAUGACAAAAAUCUACUAAUCGACACAUUUAUAAGUGCGUAGAAAUGGUCGCACUUUUAGCAAAUGACGCAUCGUGACCCAAAAGGAUCCAACAGUGCUUCUUUAGGAUCCAACGCGUUUCUUUUGGAUCCAACACUGUUUCAAGGGAUUUCUAUUUUUUUCUGGUGUAGCAGAUGUGCCUAGAACGUGUUAUUUUGCUCUUUAUAUUUUUAGUGGACAGCUAGCUAAGGAAAAGCAAGUUGUCAAAUGUAAUGUAGUAAGACUUAUUCUGCAUUCUGAUAAUUUGAUAAUCCGUCUGAUCUGCCCAACGACUAUUAGUGAGAUCCUUAUUACGGAUGAUUUGCCGUAUACUUAUUUCCUAUAAUCUAUGAUCUGAAAAUCUUGGUCUUUAUCAAUCCAUUAUCAGAUGCAGAUUUGGAAACAUAUCUAUAUAUAAGCACAAUAAUGUAUAGUUUACUGUUAGGUUAAUUUCUGUUCUCAUUAUCACAUUCAGCAGAAUUAUGUUGCUGUUUUGUUCUGUAAUGACAGAAAUGUAUAUUUUCUGAGUGAUGUCUGAAGUUGUUAUGAUAUAAACAUUCUAAUUCUCUCUCAGUCUAUUUCUCUCUCUCUCUCUCUCUCUCUCUCUCUCUCUCUCUCUCUCUCUCUCUCUCUCUCUCUCUCUCUCUCUCUCUCUCUCUCUCUCUUUCUCUCUCUCUCACUCUCUUUCUCCUAAUGUUUUCCUGCACUCUAACACUACCUUGAAGGUGUGUGAAGACAAGGAAGAAAAAAAUAAACAUUUUGUUGACCAGAUAACCAUAAUGUUAAUUUGUACAUUUCGUUAACCCUAACUCGAUCACACACUUUAGAUCUUGUACCUCAUUAUUACUCAUGUAUAAAAUUACUCAGCCUAGUCAUAAACAUUUCUUUUGUUUCAUGUUAUUUUUGUAGAAAUAAAUGGCCCUCUGUA